CGUUGAGCAAAGUGGACUCUGCUGUCACUUCGAGAAAUUCUAAAACUGGUAUGAUGAAGGCGCUACGUAUUCACGGCAAAGAAGACCUCCGCUUGGAAGAUAUUCGAAGUCCACAAUGUGGUAAUGGUCAGAUCAUGAUCAAACCAGCUUGGUGUGGAAUCUGUGGCACUGAUCUUCACGAAUACAUGGGAGGUCCGAACUUGUGUCCAACCACGCCUCAUCCUAUCACCAACGAAACUGUGCCUUUGACCAUUGGUCACGAGUUUAGCGGCAUAAUUGAAGAGCUUGGACAGGGUGUUUCAGACAAGUAUACAGUUGGACAAAGAGUUGUCGUACAGCCAAUCAUAUAUUGCGGACAGUGUGGAUCCUGUCAGGAUGGCAUCCCCAAUUGCUGCGACAAGAACGGGUUCGUUGGGCUCUCAGGCUGGGGAGGAGGUUUGUGCCAGGCGGAACACAUUGUGGUUCCAGAGUAUUGCGUAGUGCCUGUGCCUGACAAUGUGUCCUUGGAGGUAGCCGCGCUUGUUGAGCCAUUAGCCGUCGCAUGGCAUGCAGUCAACAUGUCUCCGGUCAAAGACUUCAAGAAAGGCCAAUUCGCCCUAAUUCUUGGUGGAGGUCCGAUCGGUCUUUCUGUUAUCCAAGCUCUCCGAGCACACGGCGAUGGCACCAUCAUCGUUUCAGAAGUCUCUACCCAACGUAAGGCUUUUGCAGAGGACUUUGGCGCCGAUUUUAUCUUGGAUCCAACGAAAGACGACAUUCCGGAGCGGUGCAAAGAAAUUUGCGGAGGUGUUCGAGGUGUGGAUUGUGUAUUCGAUGCUGCAGGCGUUCAAGCUGGACUCGAUUCGGCGGUUCUCGCGAUGAGGGCCCGGGGUACUUUGGUCAACAUUGCUAUCUGGGAGAAAGAUGCAAGAAUCAUCCCGAACCAGUUUGUCUUCCGAGAGAGAACAUACAAGGUUAGUAUUUUCGACAGGCAUCGACCGACUUCACUGAGGAAUGACAGNGGUGUCGCUACGUAUGUCCUUGGAGAUUUUGACGAAGUCCUUCAAGCGAUCAGCUCUGGCAGGAUGAAGCCAGAAAAGAUGAUCACGAANAAAGUCGAGCUCAAAGACGUGAUCGAGGAAGGUUUCUUGACCUUGCUGAAAGACAAAGACAACCACGUCAAGAUCCUGAUCAAAUCAAACGACGUGGAG